AUGCAUACUCUUCCGCUUCCGCUUAAGCAGGACAAGCGGGGCGGCAAGGCUCGCGCCAAGGACAAGACUCGCUGUUCCCGGGCCGGCCUGCAAUUCCCCGUGGGCCGCGUACACCGCCUUCUCCGCAAGGGCAACUACGCGGAGCGGGUGGGCGCCGGCGCUCCGGUGUACCUGGCGGCCGUGCUGGAGUACCUGACGACUGAGAUCCUGGAAGUGGCUGGCAACGCGGCCCGCGACAACAAGAAGACGCGCAUCAUCCCGCGCCACCUGCAGCUGGCCAUCCGCAACGACGAGGAGCUCAACAAGCUGCUAGACCGCGUGACGAUCGCUCAGGGCGGCGUCCUGCCCAACAUCCAGGCAGUGCUGCUGCCCAGGAAGACCGAGAGCAACAACAAGGCCAAGUUAAUAGUAUAGUCUUCGAAAACCUCUUAGAACCCCAUUCUGUAGUCCAAAAAUUGACACUUGGAUUUGUCAUUAAUCCCUUAUUAGAACAGUUUCAAAGUGAACUUUACUUUCAUUUUGAUCCACUGAGUUAUUGAAGUUGUCUGGAAGCCAACAGAAGACUUGACUAUCUCAGUUCUGUUGGUAAAUUUUAGACAAGUACCUUUCUAAAAUUAGCUUUGCUGGUCCACAAGCUAUGCCAAAUGGAACACCUAUUACACUUAUGAGCACUGUGUGUAGCCAGUCUAGAAUUCUUGCAAGGUAGAACUCUGGACGGUGGCCUCAGCACUAUUUUGUACUUUACUGCUUUUUGUUCCUGGAGCAUCACAUCUAAGUAACAGUUUUCCCGAAACCUUUAUUUUUGUUUGAAUAAAAUUCAGGAAGUGACCUAGGUAAA